AUGUGUCCCAAACUCUGGGAGAUGCGCGUUCUUGCAUUUAUGUUCUCAGGACUUUUCCUUCACGCUAUACGGGCUCAAGUCAAGUCCUAUAUCAUUGCAAACAACUAUUCUGGUUCAACAUUACAGUAUUCUGAACGAUAUGAAGUUUUGAGGGCUGGGACUUCGCUGAGGGAAUCGACGAUACAAAUUGGGGGAUUCCUAAGCGCCACGGAUGCCAAAGUCCAAAAUAUCACAUAUGUAAACGAAGCAAACAAUGCGAUAAUCAGAGUGGAUAAUAUUACAGUGGGCACUACGGAAGUGUUCAACAGAGCUACUGUAAAAAUGUCCACCCAGGCCACGAUCAACAAAGGAAGCCUUAUACUUUUCCAGGCAAGACAUAUGCCAUAUGGGUGCUCCCUUUGGCCAGGCCUGUGGACUUUAGGAGGUAAUUCUAGCAAUUGGCCCCAGUACGGCGAGAUAGAUAUCGUUGAGAAUGUCAACCUGGCAACAAAUAAUCAGUACUCUCUACACACAAUCCAAGGAUGCAACCGUCCUCCGUAUCCUAUUGGAAACGAAACUGGAUGGAUAGUACAAUCCAGUUGCUGGAACAUGACCAAUGAUAACGAGGGGUGUAUCGUUAUUGAGAAUAAGGCCAAUAAUUAUGGCCAAGGAUUUGCACUAAAUGGCGGGGGUGCUUACGCUGUUUUGUGGGACGAUGAAGGUAUCCGGUUCUGGUUUUUCCCGCAACUCAGUAUCCCACCUGACCUCCCAUCAACUUCUCCAAAUCCCGGGAAUUGGGGACCUCCGAGCGCUUUCUACCCGCAGUCAACAUGCAAUACGACUCUGUAUUUUGGCCCGCAAACGAUCAUUUUACAAACACUUGUCUGUGGCCUUUACGCUGGGGCCCCAGAAGUGUUCAAUUCCGGAGGUUUAUGUAAGGGUAGUUGUUCGGACCUAGUACGUGACCCGAGGAAUUAUGAUCAAGCAUACUUCGAGAUUGAAUUCUUGCGCGUAUUCGUGGACUUCGACAACAUUACCUUCAUCAACGACUUCAACGAUCUCAUCAACGGUUAG